AUAGUGAGACAUUCGUCCAACAUGUGGCACAGCCACCUUGGCCAAUAUAUGCUUAACAUCAGGGAGCAAUAAAAAACCACAAUAUGGAAUAGCGAUAAUACUAGAAGGCAGUGGGUAACUUGUCAGCAACACUAAGUAGAUACAACUUUCUGGGAGAUACAACUGUUUAUUCAAUUAAACAGUUUUGUUUCAUUGUAAAAACCAAAGGGGCAAUAGGUAAUACCAAUAUCAUUUUUACCUUUUUAAAUGAAUAAGGAGAUUUUCCUGAUAACUCUACAGAAUGUGUAUAUCUUUUAUUUCCGUAACCCAGCUACUGUAUUCACUUGCUAGUUGAAGAUUUCCUGCAAUUUCAGGGACAUGACUGAAUAUCAUAACAAAACACAACAAUGACGUUUAGCCAGAGAUUCACUUGGCUGUGCUUGAGAUGAAAGACAACACACAGAGAACAAUUUAAGGAAAGAUGGAGGGAGACGGACAGUAUACGUUUCCCACAGGGACGAGAUAUGUAGGGGGGAUGAAGGAUGGCAUGUUCCAUGGAAAAGGUGUACUUUUUUUCACCAGUGGAAGCAAAUAUGAAGGAACUUGGGAGAACGGUAUAUCCAAACAGGGGAAGUAUGCAUUCUCUGAUGGUCUUGAGUAUAGGAAUAAGGACUGGGAUUACUGUGAUGGAUAUGACAGACGGUUCUACACAGAGAGAUGCAGUGGACUCAAACCUGCAGGAGUGUCUCAACUGACCAACCUGGACCCGCCACAUGUCAUUCCCAGUGGCUGCUAUGACUGUGGGGAUGGCUUCUAUGACCCCAACACCAGGGUCAUUACUGACUAUGAGCAACACUUUCUCAGGAAUGCAGACGACUAUGAACACGAGUGGAUAAUGCGCACUUGUCGCAAGAGCCGGGACGAGAUCGCUGGAAAUUCAACUGACCGCUAGACCACAUAUCAGAUGAGUACUGAGCCUGAGCGCUCAAACAAUGUAAAUAAAGGCAGCACAUGUAUUGGUGUGCUGGCCUACCUUUUGUAAAAUACGUCUCUAAAAUAUCUCACAUUUUCGUGUUUAUUUUAAAUAGAUUUACAUUUGACCAAAUGCAUAAAAAAUGUGUAGUCUACUGAAGUUCGUAUAAGGUACUAAACAUAUGCGCUGGAAGUCUCGAUAGCAUUAUUUGCUAAUUGGUCAAACGUUUUCUUACAGAAUGAUAAUAGAACUGUCUCACUUGCACAGCCAUUUAUUUUUAUGGACAUGUUUGUCCUUUUAAUUCCUCUGUCCUGCACUCUCAGCCUACUGCUCAAAUGACUGUGAUGCCAGUGCAGGCCAAUGUAAUCAGUGUCAGAUUGUUCUCUCAAGUGUUCUCAAGUACACACUGCAGGUAGCAGCCUAAUGGGGUGCAUCAUGCAAAUCAACAUGAACGAUUAUUUCCUGUUAUAUAAGCGUUAUGUCCACUGUUAUGUAAAGUAGGAAAUAGUCUUUGCUCCAGUCAAAGCUUUUAAAAUAUUUCUUAAUAUCUUUCUCCAGUGGAUCCUGUAAUAUUGAUGUAGUGUAGUGCAUAUUGCUAUAUUUUUAGGCGUGUUUCAUUUUAGAGUUUUGGAAUAUGUUUUAUUUCAUUUUGCAAAGACAGACGGACAUGUAUUUGUAAAGGAGAUGAAAUGUCUGUCUCUGCGAGAACGUUGAAAUGGGAACCAGAGCAGGAGAUCAAUCUCAUGAUGCGGCCUGACAGUGACUUCCUGUCCGUGAUGACGCUCCCUGGGUCUCGCAGGAGGAAUCAGUGGCACAGCGCUGGAGAAGAGGAGUCAUUACUGCACACACUGACCCAUGAAGCGCCUGCCAGCGCAGCCAUCGGCCUCUGAUUGUUUCCUGCCCUGCGCUGAGCACACACACACACUUUUACACACAGGCUGGCCAACAUACCCUGAGACACACAAGUACACACACACACACUUUUACACACAGGCUGGCCAACAUACCCUGAGACACACAAGUACACACACACACGAACAAGCAUACUCGUGCAUUUUCACACACACACGGGCUUGUGAAGCCUAUACAACUCUCAAUAGCACAGACCCAUGGUAAUCUAACCCAGCAGGAUCUUUCUAUUUACAUUUCCAGUUCAUCAGGAGAAUCUUUUUGAUUAUUAUUGUCUCCUGUGUGUGCGUGUUUGUGUAAACAUCAUCGCUUUGCAAACUGUUUGCCAUGAAGGACAUGAUAGUGCUUUUUUGCCUCAAAUAUUUGUGGUCUAAUUGAAAUUAUAAGCAAAAUCAAAUGUUCCAUUUUGAAGUCCAUUUUAUUGCAGUCAGUACACAAAACA